CGGCUGGCGGGAGAUACGAACGGCCGCUGGGGGCAAAGAUCCUGGCUGGGGGUUCGCCUCAUUGUGACGCGGCCGCUGCUUGUUACUGUUCACCGGGUCCGGCAGACGCUAGGGGUUCCCCUCAUUGUGACGCGGCCGCUGCUUGUUACUGUUCACCGGGUCCGGCAGACGCUAGGGGUUCCCCUCAUUGUGACGCGGCCGCUGCUUGUUCCGAGGCCGCCGGCGCUCCGGUUUUUGCUCAGGAUUGCAGGAUCUGGAUUACCCCCCUGCUAUGAUGUCAUCGGGUUCUGUAACGUCGCAGAGAAACUCCGGGUAAUCUGCGCGUCAUCGCGAACACGUCAGUGAGUGGUGACGCCAUCGGGUGGUGACGACACUUGCAGAGGUACCUGGGUGCAAUCACAGGAGGCCUUGGAGCAAACGAUGGCAUUACACGAAGACCAGAGGGCAUAGUUUUAAGGAAGUAUGCGUCUGAAUACAGAACAAGUUGCUUUAAUCGGACAAGUCUUUGAAUCAUAUGUUGUAGAAUUCCACAAAAAUGAUUUUGCCCAGAUUCUGCAGAAACCAGAUCAAAGUGCACAUUAUCCGAUUACGGUGAAUGCCAUCACACUGUUUGAAAUCAGCAUGGAGAUUGGCGAGUACUUGAGCGCAUUUCCGAACGAAUUAUUUCCAAUAUUUGACAAUGCAUUACACAGAGCUGCCACGGCAAUUCUGCAAUCUUUUGCAGAGCCGCAUGAAUUGGUCAUGAAACAAAACCUUCACACAAGAAUUUCAGGAUUGCCGCUUUGUCCUGAGUUGACGAGGGAUCGUAUUCCAAAGACUAGGGAUGUGGGCCAUUUUCUUUCAAUUGUUGGCACGGUAAUCCGCACAGGAAUGGUGAAGGUGCUGGAAUUUGAGCAUGAGUACAUGUGUAACAAAUGCAGGCAUGUUUUCACUGUAACCGCAGACUUUGAGCAGCAUUAUACCUUCUGUCGCCCCACAUCCUGCCCUAAUCCAGAAGGUUGUAACGCCAUCAAAUUUUCAUGUCUUUCUGGCGCCUCAUCUUCUCGUUCAAGUUGUAGAGACUAUCAAGAAAUCAAAAUUCAAGAACAGGUUCAGAGGCUAUCUGUGGGAAGUAUACCUCGAUCGUUGUUGGUUGUACUAGAAGAUGAUCUGGUGGACACCUGCAAAUCGGGUGAUGAUGUUACUCUUUAUGGUGUGGUCAUGCAAAGGUGGAAACCUUUUACUCAAGAUACCCGUUGUGAUCUAGAACUUGUCCUGAAAGCCAAUAAUCUCGAAGUGAACAAUGAACAGCCAUCUGGAGUUGUUAUUGAUGAGGUUAUCCAAAAAGAAUUUAAAGAAUUCUGGGAGAGUUACAAGGCUGAUCCUCUAGCAGGAAGGAAUGAAAUUCUGGCCAGCCUUUGUCCACAAGUAUUUGGAAUGUAUGUGGUUAAACUAGCAGUCGCCAUGGUCUUAGCAGGUGGAGUGCAAAGAAUUGAUGAAGCUGGGACCAAAGUUAGAGGAGAGCCCCAUCUCUUGCUGGUAGGGGAUCCCGGUACUGGAAAAUCUCAAUUUCUCAAAUAUGCAGCAAAAAUUGUACCUCGGUCAGUCUUGACAGCAGGAAUUGGAUCAACGAGUGCGGGUCUGACUGUGACUGCUGUAAAGGACUCCGGGGAGUGGAAUUUGGAGGCAGGAGCUCUUGUUCUGGCAGAUGGAGGUCUUUGUUGCAUUGAUGAGUUUAACAGCAUGAAAGAACAUGAUAAAUGUAGCAUCCAUGAGGCUAUGGAGCAGCAGACUAUAAGUGUGGCAAAGGCAGGACUAGUGUGCAAGCUGAACACUAGGACCACUGUACUGGCAGCUACUAAUCCAAAAGGCCAGUAUGAUCCCAAUGAAUCUAUCACUGUAAAUACAGCUCUUGCUAGCCCAUUGCUGAGCAGAUUUGACCUUGUUUUGGUGCUCCUGGAUACCAAAAAUGAAGAAUGGGACAAAGUAAUUGCUUCAUUUAUUCUGGAAAACAAAGCGUGUCCAACUGUCUCUAACAAUUUGUGGAGCAUGGAGAAGAUGAAAACCUACUUCUGUCUCAUCAAGACAUUUCAACCUAAGAUUUCCGAAGAAGCAAAUAAAAUCCUUGUGAAAUAUUACCAAGUGCAACGUCAAAGUGGGUUCAGAAAUGCAGCAAGAACCACAAUACGUAUGCUUGAGAGCUUGGUACGUUUAGCUGAAGCUCAUGCAAGACUAAUGUUUAGGGAUAAAGUAACUGUUGAAGAUGCCAUCACAGUGAUCUCUGUAAUGGAGUCAUCCAUGCAGGGAGGUGCUCUUCUCGGUGGUGUGAACGCAUUGCACACGUCCUUUCCAGCAAACACAAUUGAGCAAUACAAAAUGCAGUGUGAAUUGAUGUUGGAAAGACUGGGCCUAAAUGAUCUUCUCCAUCAAGAACUGCAGAGACUUGACAGCAUUCAGAAUGGAGACGAACAGCAUCCACCAAAUGGAUGUACAAACUCAAGUGACAGAUGUGAUGCAUUUUCUGAAGCUGCUCCCGAUUCAAGAACUGAUGGACUGAAUCCCAUUGCUCAGGAUGUUGAUCAAACAGAUGGUGAUCUCACCUGGUUUGAUGACUUUCAAAGCAAAACUCAUGAAAAGGGGCCAGAAAGAGAGGGGAAUGUAACAGCUGAAUCCUGCAUACUCAAACUAACAUCAGGGAAUUCUUAUCAGCAUUUGUUUUCUAAAUUAAAUACCAGUCCCCAGCCAAUAAAAAGUACAGAGCAAGUUGCAACAACAAGUAAUUCCAGCAAUAUUUCACCACCUAUAGGUUUGUGUGGUGCAAAUAACAUGAAGUCUGCUGGUUUAGCCAUUGAGAAUUCAGAAGCUGAAAGAAGAACUGGCACGGAUCACAUGAAAAGACAGACAAAUGUUGAAAUCCAUGCUUCCUCAAACACAUCGAAUUCUGCUGUCACUGUUCGGGUGUCCAAAAAGCUACACGCUUCCCGGGUUUCACAGAGCGGAAUGUUGUUCAAAAGUAAAGAAGCUUUUAACGAUAGUAAUUUAUCUGAAUCAAGUGAACCCAGUGCACUUCUGAAUCUGGAUGACUCCAGCUCAUCUGGUGGUACUUCAGGCCAAUGUACUUCACCUGGGCUCCAAGCUGAAGCAAAUAAGAAAAUAAAACCACCAGGAACAAAGCAUACUUUAAAGGCUAGUGAUGCCUUUCCUCUCCAGCCUGAAACUAGUGGGGAUUCUAACAUCCUAUUGACCAAACUAAAGACAUUUGUAUUCAAGUCAAAGCAAAAACUAAGCCAUUCAACUGCAGCUAAAUCUACUUCCGAACCCUCUGCCCCGUUCUCUGAUCAUACAGAAUUGAAUAACGAAUUGACACAUGCUUUUGAGCAGCCAUCCCAAGCCAGUAACCAGACAGAAAUUCCCCGAAUAUUACAAAGCUGCGCCUCUAACAGUAAUCUCUUGCAUAAAAAAGCAAGCAAAGGAACAUUGGUUGCUAAUUGCAGCGGUACAGAACCAUCACUUGAUCUGCAGAAGAGUCUCAGUAACAAACACACGGGGAAGAUGCAAAAGGUGGCACUGGAUAAAUCAAAACCUCCAAUUCCUACAGAACUGAUAACAGAGCAAGAGGGCAGUGGAAGUUCAGCUUUGACGGGCCAGGUGAAGGUGUCCUCCAGUACUUUAGCAAAGCUUGCUUGUUUCUCUUUCAGUCCAUCCCCUGACAAGAAAAGUGAAAAGAUUACAGAUCAAAGGGAAGUAUCGGUUGCGAAGCAGAAAAGUAUGGUACAAAAUAAUGCUACUGAGUCUGGGAUGCUGUCCAGAAAAAGGAAGACCUUUGGAUUUCCAUCAACUAGCACCACAGCAGCGACAAUGGGUAGAUAUCUCUUCUCUGCUGAUGAAUUGGAAGAUGAUUGUAUUCUGGAUUUUGACUGGAAUGAAGAAAGAAAAAAACCCAAAACUUAAUUGUGCAGGCUCACCUGCGUAGCUUUUUAAAAAUAAAAGUUUUGUACUUUGUGAUAAACCUAUGCACCGAUUUAAACAGAGCUUACAUGCAAAACAUUUUUUAAAUUGCUGGCUUUAAAAUAGUCGAUUCGAUGAUAAAGUAUUAGCUGUGAUGUAAGGAGAGACUAAUAAAAGAAAAUGUCACAAUUUGUCCUUGACAAAUGAGAAUACUGGAUGUGUUAUGUG